UAACAUGAUAUUUCUAUUUUAUGUGUAAAAUUCUAAAAAGUUCGGAAUAAAUAAAUCUUCGGCUUUCUCCGUAGAUCGUCGUUGUUGUCCGUAAAAAGGAGUAAUUAGCACCACGUGACUAUUCUCACUUCCUCUGGUUGAAACGUGGCGCAGCGAACAUGAGUGAUUCAGACGGUGACGAUCGUCGCGAAAACGAGCAGCAGCGUAAGCUGUUCAUCGGCGGCCUCAGUUAUGAAACCAACGAGGAUGGCCUCAAAGCACACUUUGGGCAACAUGGGGAAAUUGUAGAUGUUGUGGUCAUGCGUGACCCCAACACGCGGAGGUCCAGGGGGUUUGGAUUCGUUACAUUCAAGAGGGCAUACAUGGUAGAUGAAGUCAUGAAAAGCAGACCACACAAGCUGGACGGCAGAGAAGUGGAACCAAAAAGAGCUGUGUCAAGAGAGGACUCCAAUAAUCCCACGGCGCACGUCUGUACCAAGAAGAUAUUUGUUGGGGGGAUCAAGGACGACACAGACGAAGACAUGUUGAGACAAUACUUCUCCAAGUACGGCACCAUCGAGUCCGUGGACGUCAUGACGGACAAGGACACCGGAAAGAAGCGUGGCUUUGCCUUCAUCAGCUUCGAUGAUCACGAUCCUGUGGACAAAAUUGCCUGCAUAAAAUACCACGACAUCAAUGGUCACAAGUCGGAGGUGAAGAAGGCUGUCCCCAAACAGGAGCUGCAGCGGCUUCAGCAGCAGUCAGGCGGCGGUGGCGGUCGUGGUCAGCGCCAGGGAGGCUUCGGCGGACGCGGCCGGGGUGGCGGUUACGGAGGCGGCGGUGGCCGUGGGGGUGGCUACGGCGGUGGUGGCGGCUACGGGGGCGACCGCGGGGGAGGCUACAACAACGGCAACUAUGGCGGAGGUGGUGGCUAUGGCGGUGGAGGCUAUGGCGGAAGUGGCGGAGGCGGCUAUGGAGGUGGUGGUGGCUACGGAGGUGGCGGCGGCGGCUAUAGCGGUGGGGGCGGCGGCUAUGGAGGCGGCGGCGGCAGUUAUGGCGGAGGCGGCGGUAGCUACGGAGGCGGCGGAGGUAGCUAUGGCGGCGGCAGCAGUGGAGGCUAUGGAGGGGGCAGUGGAAGCUACGGAGGCGGCGGCUAUGGAGGAGAUGGAGGCUACAGCGGGGGUGGCGGCGGAAGCUACGGAGGCGGCGGUGGUGGCUAUGGCGGUGGCAGUGGCGGCGGCUACAGCGACUUUGGCAGUGGUUACGGCAGCCAGCAGUCGAACUACGGACCCAUGAAGGGCGGCGGUGGCGGUGGAUAUGGCGGCGGCGGCCGUCAAGGAGGGGGCCCAUAUGGAGGUGGCUAUAGCUCUGGCGGUGGAGGCGGCGGUGGCUAUGGUGGUGGCCAGCGCAGAUACUAGCAUAUCUGCUGUCCACAGGCCAGACAGUGAGGUUAGUAAGCUGAGUUUCAACAGUAUAUGAAGGAUGAGAAGCCAGAACAGGAAGUAGGACACACAGACAGGAAGUACAGACACACAGACAUGGCAGCAAAGGAUUAUGGGAAGCCUCCAACUUAUCAAGGCCAAAUCAUGGACUCUAUUGUUAUAAUCCAUCUAAAGUAGCUUGGAUAGUAGAUGGGAUCCGUCUCCAUUUUAUUCCAGCAAGAUAUGUUAGUCACAGAUAAUUUUCCUUCAGAGAGUAGUGUGCUUUUGUUGUUUCUUUCAGUCAGUGUAGGUAUAAGUAUUUUGUGUAUAUUGUACAUGUAAAGGCAGUGAGGAAUGAAGAUUGAAUUAAAGGCAUGAGUACAACCAAUAGUGGUGCAGGUCAGGUAGUCUUUUUCAACAUGAGUAUCCAGACAUCCCUUUGAAGAGGGUCCAAUGACAUUACAGCUGUAGCUUUUUGAGAAAUGGUGAAAACAUUAUUCUUGUACUAAUAGGACGGUACAUGCCAUGCUAAGGUUAUGAAGAAAAGGAGGGUAAAAUUUCUUGUUGUCAGAACUGGAAUUUGAGACAGUUAUACGGGAUUUUUCAGUAAGGGAUUUUUAAAGCACUUUUCCACUUCUAUUUAUCAGAAGUUCUGUGCAUGUGCGCACGUCUUACAAAAUUGUAGUAGAUGUGUUGCAGUCAAUGUUCGGAAAUAAAUGUUUUUAUUCGUGUGAAGGACACUUA